UGACUCUGCCCAGGCGAUGUUCUUUAGCUCUGUUUGGUACAAUAACCAUGGACAUGUUACUGCACACGUCUGUCUUUUUGUGGAUUUCAGUCGGAUUUUUACUUGCACCUCAAGGGUCAGGGGCCAACGCGCUGUCGUCCCAAUGUGAUCUUGUUUUCAGAAAUGUCUGUUAUGAGUUUGUGGAGGAAUCGAGAAACUGGUCUCAGGCCAGGAGCGACUGUGAAAAGCGAGGAGGGGAACUCUUGAGGGUCAUGAACAGCCCGGUCAAACUGUUCCUGAAGAACGCGACCAAACAGAGAAACACGAGCAAUUGGACGUGGUGGCUGGGAGAGGGGGUCAAGGGGGAACCCAGCGGAGAGCACAAAUGCACAUACAUGACUCUGAAUCCUCUUCGCCUCAACACAACAUCAGACUGUAAACAGAGACGCAGCUUCCUCUGCACCCGCAAUUUGCCGUCUUCAUCGAGCACUGUGAACACAGCAGUGUCCGGUCAUGCAAGCAGAGUUCGACCCAAAAGGUCGAUGGCUUCAUCUGUCUCAAACAUUAACAAACUUCUUAGGGAAGCAAAGGAAGAACUGUGGAGGAUGGAAACGACAAUAGGGGAGCCAACAAAUCCAUCAAGGGACGACUUUGUUCGGUACUUGUUGGAAGGAACUAAAAGGCUAAAAUUAGAGACUACUGUACCCAAUAACAACACCAUCUGGAACAUUGUGAACUGUACCACUGGCAUCUAUUUCCUCGCACUUCGAAAAUGUGACAUCCAGACAAACCCAAACGCUGUAUCUUUCUUUGAGCAGGUUUUUGAGAUCUUCGUGGUUAUCGCUGAAGUGCUACGUACAUCGGAGAGCUUUGUCUUUUGGCACCGAACAGGCACCGUCUAUCAACGCAGUUUCAAACAGGAUGAGAUUGGUGAUCAAAUAUUGGGUUCACAGGCGGCUAAUGAGUUUGUCGUACUCCCUUCAUAUUCUGCACUCCGAGCGGACGUUGAAAACUACGACACAAUCACCACUCAGAUGAUUACAUUCAACGAGAAUCCCCAUCCCUAUGAUGAAAUCACAGGAAUUGUCUGCACUGUUAUAAUAAGCAAUGGAGACGAAAGAAUUAAGGUGGAAAACCUGCCAGAGAUGAUAGAGAUCUUUUUGCCGCGUACAGACGUUGCAGUUCUGAUGAAUAGCACCGCUGUGUUAGAGGAAAACACAUUCUCACUGACCACAAUCAACGUCACAGACCCUAAUAUGACCAUUAUCUUAAGCAUGCAGCCAAAUGUACAGGAGUCACUAAUACUUAAACUGUCCCAAGGGUCACCUCCUACCAGCACAUAUUUCAACCACUCAACCAUCCUGACCCCAGAAGGAGCCUACCGCUGGUUGAUAACCCCUGAGAUGUUGCAGCAGACCUCUGGAGUCUGGUACAUAGAUGCCAGACACGUUAAUAGCACAUGGGACUCGAACAUGACACUGGAAAUAAAUUCUUUUAUGAGCAAGUGCCUUUUCUGGCACGUAGGGUGGGAGACGUGGACGACAGAUGGCUGCGAAGUUGGCGAGAAGACCACUCCUUAUCUCACACAUUGCCGCUGUAACCACCUCACUCUGUUCGGGGGCUCCUUUUUUGUGAUGCCAAACCACGUGGACGUAAGUCGUACAGCGGAGCUGUUUGCCACCGUGGAUGAGAACUAUGUGGUGCUCGUACUCAUGUGUGCCUUCUUCGCCCUCUACCUUCUCACCCUGGUGUGGGCUUGCUUUGCUGACCGCAGGUCACGCCUUAAGAGAAAGAUGACUCUGCUGGAGGACAACCACCCAGGUGCUCAUUACAACUACCUGAUCAGUGUUUACACUGGCAAUCGCAAGAAUUCUGGGACGACUGCCAAUGUCACAGUGAUGCUGACUGGCUCAGAGGGAGAGAGCGAGACACACAGUCUCGAAGAUCCCGAUAAGCCCGUGUUUGAGAGAGGAGGGGUCGAUAUGUUCCUGAUGGCCACGCCUUUCCCACUGGGAGAAGUGCAAAGCGUCAGGCUGCAGCACGACAACUCCGGAGGUCAACCAUCAUGGUAUGUCAACAAGGUGACGGUGCAAGACCUCCAGACACAGCACGUGUUUCACUACUUCUGCGACUGCUGGCUGAGUUCUGACCACGGAGACGGCACGACCAAGAAAACGUUCCACGCCGCGAGGACCGACGAGAUUGCCAACUUCAGGUACAUCUUCAAGAACAGGACGUCGACGGGCUUCAGGGACGAACACAUCUGGGUCUCCAUCGUGGAUCCUCCGUCGCGCACUCCGUUCACGCGCGUGCAGAGAGUCUCCUGCUGCAUGUGCCUGCUCCUCUGCACCAUGGCCAUCAACAUCGCCUUCUGGAACAUUCCUGUGGACGAGAGCUCGCCAGUCAUUUUAGUGAUAGGUUCGUUGCAACUCACGUGGCAGAACGUCAUGGUGGGGAUUCAGAGCGGUCUCCUCAUGUUCCCAAUCAACAUCCUCAUCAUCACCAUCUUCAGAAGCAUCCGACCCCGCAGCGUCGCAAAAAAGCCUAAAAGAGAGGAGCAGAAAAUGGACGCCGUCACCGUGCCAACUGUCCUGAAGGACAUAGGGGAGGUUGUUUCUUUGGCGAGCAAAAGUCCGAGGAACAAGAUUUCAGAGACGCCGAGGCUGGAGUCCAUCACUGACCUCUGCUCUACCUUGGACACGGUGCAUGAAUUCAUCCAACUUAUGCAAGGAGAGUGUGAGAGCGACCCGCACUGGGUGUACUGCAGCAAGUUCCUCCUGGCAGGUCUCUGCCACCUCCUCAUGGACCUGGAAAAACUGGACGGAAGGAACGUGCCGUGUCCCCACGAUUACCAGCAGGCCCUGAACGUCGCCAACGUCCUGGUCCGCAAGGCUGAGAUGGUCUUCAGCUGCCACUUGGCCUCCUGCCCGCCCACCGUGACGAAGCAGAAGAAGAGCACUGCGAGCUGCUGGCUUCCGUGGUGGUGUGUGUUCCUGGGCUGGUUCCUGCUGCUGUCCAUCAGUGCCGUGUCCACUUAUUUCACGCUGUUAUACGGCUUUCAGUACGGCAGAGAAAAGUCCAUCAAGUGGGUCAUGUCCCUGGGCCUCUCGCUGUUCCAGAGCAUCUUUAUACUGCAGCCUCUCAAGGUGAUCGGCAUCGCCGUGUUCUUCGCUCUGCUGCUCAGACCUGUGUCUGCGGAGGAGAGCGACGAAGUCAACCAAGUGCUCAUGGGGCAACGGGAGAAGUGUAAACGGUUCACUGGCAGGGAGACGCUGUGAGGAAGCUGCAUUUCCCAGGACGCGCUCCAUCACUUUUUGCACUUAUUGGAAGUUUUGCUCUUUGAAUGUAAAAAUGCAUCCCAUAUUCUGGUGUACAGAACGUUGCUCUAGGUAAUUUACUAUCCACUCACGUCGUAUUGGGUCGCUUUAAACUUUAAUUAUUGGGGAUUUUUUUUUUCUUCAUAUGUGAAUCAUUUCUUAUGAAAAUACACAUUUAUUGGAUUCCACGAAGCAGGUUUUAAAAGUCGCAAAAAUGAAUCACAAGCUAAACGUGUCAAAUUAUUGACUGUCAAAAAUAUUCAUUUAAGUACCUGUGUGUCAUAUUUAUGGUGGACAUUUAAUGUAAAUAUGUUUGAAUAAGUGCAUGAUCUCUUUUUAAAAGAUAGGAUAAGCCUUGCGUUACAAUGUUUACGAUAACUGCAAGUUACAAUGUGCGGUCUCACCAGUAGAUGUCACUAAUUCUUACACAUUGGACCCUUAUAUUGGACAACCAUUCUCAAGUAGAGUAGGUUUUCACAUCUCUGUAUCUCCGAGUCGGGAAUUGAAGCGACAACCUUCCAGUUGAAAGACAACGCGCUCGACCACUACCUACCGUGUGACUAAUUCUGUGAGAUUUACUUGUCGGAAUCUCGUCAGCGUUCUGUGAUUCCCGGCUGUUGACGUUACUAACGCGGCCUUUCACCCUCAGAGAGCUGCGUUUAUGUAAUUGCACUUACGGGAGGUCAUUAUUAAUUGAGCAGUUUUUUGGGCAUUUCACCAUCACCAUCAGUGUGAUCCAUGCUAAAUGUGACUCAGUCACUUCCUCCCUCUCAGUGAGUCAAUGAUUAUAUAAUAACGAGAGCACGAUUACAUAAUAGACGUCACCAUACUCAUUUCCGUGCUCUUGGUUUGGGAAUACGCGCAGUGCUUUUAUUCUCUCUGAAAUAAUUGUGUGGGUUUUGUUUUUUUUUUUUCCAUUUAUUUAUUAAUUCUGUACGUAUUUUAAAGAGUGCAGACAUAGGCAACUGGAAUUGCUUGAACUUCGUUGGACUAAAUUUAAUUCUAGUUAAAUAGUUAAUAAACUGAUAUGAGCUGCAAUCGUGUGGAAAGUUCAUGAGUCUGCACACCUGACAACAUUAAUUUAUGUAUAUUAUAAAUUAAACAGGUGUUACAUCAGGGGUCCCAACUCAUAUUAACUUAAAAUGAUGUCACGAUAUUCCAUCAUGAUACAGCGAUAACAACAUUUUAACACAUCAUUUCCGCAUAAAGGUGUUUGUUU